AGUUGGCUAAAUGAGCCUUAGUCGCCGCCCCACACCACACCUACACUCAUCUCUAACACGCACACUCACCACACUCGCCUCGACAUCACCACACUCCACAUCAACACCACCCACACGCAAGAGGAUCCACACAUUCAAACACACACCACACCACUCCACAUAAAAAGGGUCAGGCUAUUCAGCAAGCAGUACAGAUUCGACCACCGUGAAAUCUACGUCGUUUUUCCGCCACCGCUACGCAGCGCUCCAGCUCGAUCCACCUGCAUACUUCGAAAGUCCGCUAGUGAAGUUUUAUUAGAACUUAACCUUGUGUUAUAUUAAGUGCACAUAUAUUUGUUAAAAAAAAAAAAAAAAAAAGAGAAACCCACAAAUCCAGGGUUGAUUCGCUUGUAAGAAAACCCACAAGUAAAGCGUUACAUUUAAUACAUUGUUAAGAACCAAGUGUGAAUCCCGAGUUUUUUUAUUUUAAAAGGAAAGAAAGCGAUCAAGUGGUAAGUGAACCAGACAUUGAGUGAAACAUUGGUCCUUCGAGCCGCAAAGAGCGGCACUAUUGAAAAAAAAAAAAAAAGUGCGGUGAGAUUAGCCUACAAAACUUGGUAUUAAAAAAUGUAAGUGAGGCUACACAUACAUACAUACAUAUAUACCAAAAAAUUUAAUGCAAGUUAAAUUAAAGUGAAGUGGCAAAUACUUACAUACAUACAAAAAAAAAAAAAACAAAAAACAAAGUGGAAAAACGGAAAACACGAAACGGUUCCCGACCGUUAUAUCAAAAUCAAAAAAAAAAAACAAAAAUAAUAAUUUUUAUCAAAAAUCAAAAAGGAAAACAUAUAAAUAUAUAACAGUGUGACAUAUAAAUAUAUAAAUAUACAUAUAAAUACAAAAAUACAAUACUGUGCUGAACAACUAGACAAAAAAUAUAAAAAAAAAAAAACCGGGCGCGAAAAUUAAUUUAACUUUAAAACGGGCGCGAAGCUUAAAAACAAACAAGAAAGGAAAACAGUGACUUCAAAGUGCAAUAAUUUUCAAAAAAAAUUUUAAAUAAAUAAAUAAUAAAAUUAAUAAUUGUGAAAAUAAAGUAUAUCUACUAAAGACAUCUGUACAUAAGUACGAACCAAACAACAACCGGAAUAGCAAAAAAGAGGAAAGGAAACCAUCAUCGGCAGCAACACAACAAAAGUUUGGAAGCCAAAAAACAUAAAAAACGGAAGGAACCGGAUCACAGGCAUCGGCACCUUUAUCUGCAGAAACAUCCCUAGCCCCUUGAAGCGGCUCAAAGUCAAUAUGGAUGUAGACAUGCCAGCAGCCCCGACACCAACCACUCGUUCGGCUGUCAAUGUGCCACGCCAGGCGGCUGCCCCAGUUGCGGCUGCCCCAGUUGCAGCGCCCCGAACAACCACACCAACGGCGCCUCGGAAUGGAAGGGUAGCAUUGCCGCCAACACCCGCGCUUGUCGUCGACCCACAACGCCGUAGAUGUCCCCUAUGCCGUCGACCCCACCGGCUGCCACAAUGUGUCAUCUUUAAGGGGUUACCGCCUCAACAACGCCAGUUGGUCGUGCAGGCGCACGGCCAUUGUCUGAAUUGCCUGACGCCGGUCCACCAAACUCACGAGUGUACGUCGGGCAAUCUGUGCCAAAUGUGUAUGCGCCCGCAUCACACUAUGUUGCACCGUACACCUCGAAAUGGCACCAGCCAACCUCCUGCCGGCCGCAACCGCGGCGCAGUACAACGACCGCCAUUAAGCCGGGAUGCACGGCCCCGUCGAACCAUAGGGCCAUCAUCAUCCCGUGCCCGGCGUCCACAUAAUGGGGCGUCCACACGACGCCAGCAACAACGACCGCGUCCGCGCCACACCUCAGGCCUCAGCAGCGUCGUAGCCACUCUGCAGCAGCUUCAGAGGAUUCUAGGCUGAAAUAUUCGCCUAGGGGGGCCGGGAUGGCUAAAUGAGCCUUAGUCGCCGCCCCACACCACACCUACACUCAUCUCUAACACGCACACUCACCACACUCGCCUCGACAUCACCACACUCCACAUCAACACCACCCACACGCAAGAGGAUCCACACAUUCAAACACACACCACACCACUCCACAUAAAAAGGGUCAGGCUAUUCAGCAAGCAGUACAGAUUCGACCACCGUGAAAUCUACGUCGUUUUUCCGCCACCGCUACGCAGCGCUCCAGCUCGAUCCACCUGCAUACUUCGAAAGUCCGCUAGUGAAGUUUUAUUAGAACUUAACCUUGUGUUAUAUUAAGUGCACAUAUAUUUGUUAAAAAAAAAAAAAAAAAAAGAGAAACCCACAAAUCCAGGGUUGAUUCGCUUGUAAGAAAACCCACAAGUAAAGCGUUACAUUUAAUACAUUGUUAAGAACCAAGUGUGAAUCCCGAGUUUUUUUAUUUUAAAAGGAAAGAAAGCGAUCAAGUGGUAAGUGAACCAGACAUUGAGUGA